GUUAAAUCUAAACUGGGUUAGAAAACAACAGACGGGAAGUCAGUUGGGACUUUUAAUCCGGAUAAAUAACAAAUAAAGAGAAAGAAACAUGAAGUAAACACUUUUGAUACUUGAACCUGGGAUUUAUCCUGCCAGCUAGCUGAAAACUCGAGGAUAAAAUGUGUUUUAUAUGAAGAAGUUCUGCUGCAGUAUUAAAGAUGGCAGGUUUGUCCACGUUUCUAGAGAAUGUGAAGCUGGGUCUGAAGAUAGACGUCCUGAGGGAGGUGGGACGUCAGUAUCCAGUCUUCUGCUUCCUGCUGCUGUCUAUGGUGGCGCUCACACUGCUGCUGAACAGAUAUCUCCACGUGCUGAUGAUCUUCUGGUCGUUCCUCGCUGGCGUCACCACUUUCUACUGCUCCUUGGGACCCGAAUCCCUCAUCCCAAAUAUCUUCUUCCCCGUGAAACAGAGGAACAAACGUCAGGAGCAGGAGUUGUUUCCUCUGGGUCACAGCUGCGCCGUGUGCGGGAAGGUGAAGUGCACCCGUCACCGGCCGACGCUGCUGCUGGAGAACUACCAGCCCUGGUUGGACCUGAAGGUGCAUUCAAAGGUGGACGCUUCGACAGCAGAGGUGUUCGAGUUAGUUCUGGAGAACUUUGUGUACCCGUGGUACCGGGACAUCACGGACGACGAGGCGUGUGUCGAUGAACUCAGGAUGACUUUUCGCUUCUUCGCCUCGGUGCUCGUCCGCCGCGCUCAGAAGGUUGAUGUUCCUGCUGUGUUUGCUGACAAAGUGAUGAAAGCUGGAAUGAAGCACAUUGAAAUUCUGGCAAAAGCUCGUAGAAAAGUGCGGAGUGUGGAGGGUCUGCAGCAGGCGGCUCUGGAGGAGUACGGCGCCGACCUUCACAUCGCUCUGCGCAGCCGCAGAGACGAGCUGCUCUACCUCCGCAAACUCACCGAGAUGCUGUUUCCAUACGUCAUGCCCCCCAAAGCCACCGACUGCAGGUCUCUGGCUCUGCUGCUGCGGGAGGUGAUGUCUGGCUCCGUCAUGUUACCCACCAUGGACUUCAUGGCCGACCCUGACACGGUGAACCUGAUGGUGCUGAUAUUUGUUGAUGACGCUCCACCGGAUCCUGAUACCGAGCCUCCGUCUCCACUGGUUCCUUUCUUACAGAAAUACGCCGAAGUCAACAACAAGAAGCAGUCUUAUGUGAAGCGCGUUGAGGGGUCGAAGAGAGACCUGAUAAAGAGCUGUAUAAGUGCAGUCCAUUCACCAUCAGAUAAAGACCGACAGACCCCCUCCCUGCAGGUGCUGAAGCUGGACCUGAAGGAGAUCAGGGAGGAGCAGGAUCUACUCUUCCGCUUCAUGAACUUCCUAAAGCAGGAGGGAGCCGUGCAUGUGCUGCAGUUCUGCCUCACCGUGGAGGAGUUCAACGAUAAGAUCCUGAGUCCCGACCUGAGUGACGUCGAGCUGCAGCGUCUGCACGGAGAGGUCCUGCACAUCUACGAGACGUACUGCCUGGAGGAGAGCAUCGACAAGAUCAGCUUCGACCCCUUCAUCGUGGACGAGAUCCGGAACAUCGCUGUAGGUCCGUACUGCGACGUGGUGAAGCUGCAGAAGAUGCACUGCCUGUUCGAGGCGUACGAGCACGUCCUGUCUCUGCUGGAGAGGGUCUUCACCCCCAUGUUCUGCCACAGCGACGAGUACUUCAGACACCUGCUGAGGGGAGCCGAGUCUCCCACCAGGAACUCCAGAAUCAACAGAAAUAGCUUCAGUUGUGAGGAGAGUCGGAACCUGUCGAAGCGAGGCGAGUCGUUUGGGAUCAGCAGGAUCGGCAGUAAGAUCAAGGGAGUGUUCAAGAGCACGACGAUGGAGGGAGCCAUGCUGCCGAUCUGCAGCAUGAACGACAUGGACGACGACCUGGUGGAAGAGGCGACUGUGGUGAUGGAGGACGACUCCCCCGCGGAGCCCCCCUGCUCCGGGGCGGGGAGCCUCAGGAAUCUGUCGUUCUGGAGCAUCUGCAUCCCGUACAUCGACCUCUACGACGACGACAACAGGAGGGACAAGAUCCCCGUGUUCUGCAUCGACGUGGAGCGCAACGACAGGAAGGAAGUCGGUCAUGAAACAGAGAAGUGGUCGGUCUUCAGGAGAUAUCUGGAGUUCUACGUCCUUGAAUCAAAACUCACCGAGUUCCACGGCACGUUUGCAGACGCUCAGCUUCCGUCCAAACGAAUAAUUGGACCAAAGAAUUUGGACUUCCUGGAAUCCAAGAGGGAAGAAUUUGAGGAAUAUUUACAGAGGCUCCUGCUGCACCCGGAGCUCAGUAACUCUCAGCUGCUGGCCGACUUCCUGUCUCCUCACAGCGUGGAGUCUCAGUUCCUGGAGAGGAUGCUGCCCGACGUCAACCUGGGAAAGAUUUUCAAGUCGGUGCCAGGGAAGCUGAUAAAAGAGAAAGGACAGAACCUGGAUCCUUUCCUUCAGUCCUUCUUCAACUCCUGCGAGUCUCCCAAACCAAAACCCAGCCGCCCAGAACUCACCAUCCUCAGCCCGUCCAACGAGAACAACAAGAAGCUGUUCACCGACCUGUUCCAGAACAACGCCGACCUGUCGGAGAGUCCGGAGAGGAAGCACAACCGCAACUGCUUCGAAGAGACGCUCUCUGUGGACGGCAUGUACGACUACAUGAUGUACGUGGGCCGGACGGUGUUCAGCACAGCCGACUGGAUGAACCACGCUCUGGCCGCGGGUCGGAUCCUCUUCAAGAACUCGUUUGAAGCGUACAUGGAUCAGUACCUGCAGAGCAAGCUGGACCACAUCCUGCAGGAGCACAACAUGGUGUCGCUCAUCACACAGCUCCGAGACGCUGUUUUCUGUGAGAGCAGCGAGGAGCUGACCCCCCAGGACAAACAGAGCAGAGCCAAGAAGACCUUCGAGGAGAUGAUGAAUUAUUUACCAGAUUUUGUGGUGAAGUGCAUCGGUCAGGAGUCCAAAUACGAAGGAGUGAGACUCCUGUUCGAGGGCUUCCAGCAGCCCGUCCUCAACAAGCAGAUGACGUACGUGCUGCUGGACAUCGCCGUGCAGGAGAUGUUCCCUGAACUCAGCAAGGGAGUGAAGGAGGCGUCCGGCAUGUGAAGAACCGACUCCUGAACUGGGAUCAGAAAUCCUCGAGUGUUUCUGAAACGGCUGCCAUCAUCUUUACAUUCCUCUGUAUAUAAACGACGAAUAAAGAGAAAUAUAUUUAUUGAUGCUA